UUUUUUCUAGCUUACCAGUUUGUUCUGUGCAUUUUUUAAGGUCCUUAAAAUUCUGGUCAGGGCAGUGGUUGACGGGAUGACCGAUCGAAGUGGAGAUGUUGCAACUGGCCUCAAAGGGAAGCUGCAGGAGUUACUUGGCAGAGUGACUUCAAGAGUGACGAAUGAUGGAGAAAUCUGGAGGCUGUAUGCCGAAGUGUAUGGAAAUGGGCAGAGCGAAAAGCCUGAUGAAAAUGAAAAGGCGUUCCAGUAUCUCUCUAAGGCAUACAAGUGUGACACACAGUCCAGUUGUUGGGAGAAAGAUAUGACAUCAUUUAAGCAAGUGGUGCAGAGAGCCUUAGGACUCGCACAUGUGGCUAUAAAACACAGUAAAAACAAAUCCAGCCCCCCAGAGGCUAUACAGGUGCUUUCUUCAGUUCGACUCAAUUUACAGGGCCUGUUAUCUAAAGCAAAGCAACUUUUUACAGAUGUGUCAAGUGGAGAAAUUUCCAGGGAGUUAGCUGAUGAAAAAGCAGCGAUGGACGCCCUCGUCAUAGAGCUGCAAGGCCUAAGCAACCAGUUUCGAAACCAGUACUGACCAUCCUGGGAAGAGUUUUUGGAAAAGGAGCGCUCACCUUCUGAAUUUCUCUUAUACCUGUGUAUCUGAAACACGAGAUAAUUGAUUUUUUUUAAUAAAUUUCUCUUUAAUGGCUAA